AUGGACAACACGAAUGCUGCAGACUUACUCUAUCGCUCACAGGUCCCACCAACAGCUUCCCAAAAUCCAGGCAGCAAGAUCUUCACUUCCAUGUUUGAUAAAUACACAGUAGCGCCUUCUUCUAAAGAUGGUAGCGCGUAUCUUGUCUUUCCAAUAAGCUACACGACGACGUUGCGUGAUGAUGAGGGGGAAGAGAUAGAUGGCAGCUUCGAAGACUCGGAGGGCAGGGUUGGGAUCCAGUGGGCUGCGGGCGUGUAUGAGCACUUGCGAGGCAAUCAUCCUAAAUUACUUGAAUUCAAGGGCCGUGAUCCCUAUGGCUACCUUCUGUCAAAAUCCUCCAUUGGCCCCCUAACCUUAGCACUACACGCCCAUCCCACCUUCACUACCAACGCCCUCUCCCUCGCGCUCAUCUACCGCUGGGCAUUCAACACGCUCUCCGCGCUACAGUACCUCCACUCGCGCGACGUCGUGCACUACGAGUUCUGCUCCGAGACGCUCUGGCUAGAGCCCGACCUCUCGCUCUCCAUGCUCGGUCUCUGGGGCGCGCAUAUAGGGCACUAUUGCCCCAUUACGGGCAAUCAGAUGACCGAUAUAAGGCUUGAAGAGCAAUUUGUGAGUUUUCAGACGGAUUUGUUUGAUUGGGCGUCGUCGGUGUAUGGGCUCGUGACUGAGAAGGGGGCGUUGGCUGUGUUGGAGCGGUUUGAGGGUGGGCCGAAUUAG